GAAGACGAAACGAAGAAGAAACAAAGCUCCCUCUCUCCCAUUAUUUUCUGCGUCUAAUCUUCCCCCACUCUCAGCAAGAAAAAAAAUGGGUUUGAAGGAGGAAUUCGAGGAGCAUGCCGAGAAAGUUAAGACCCUCCCGAAAGCCCCUUCGAACGACGACAUGCUCAUUCUUUAUGGACACUACAAGCAAGCUACGGUUGGUCCAGUGAACACAAGCCGUCCCGGAAUGUUGGACUUGAGGGGAAAGGCCAAGUGGGAUGCAUGGAAGGCUGUUGAAGGGAAAUCCCAGGAGGAAGCAAUGGGUGAUUACAUCACCAAAGUUAAACAGCUGCUGGAGGCUGCUGGAAUGGCUGCUUGAUGUGUGUGACAACAAAAAAAAAAGGGAAUAAAUUCAAGCUCACAUGGGUUUGAAACAAGUCAUGACUAGGAAUAAACAUUGUACUCUUCUUCUAUUGCUACCCUUUAAGUUAUUACUGAGUUCGGGUAGGUUCGAAAUUCGGUUAUGCAUGUUUUAUGUUACUUGUAGCAUGAACAAGGUCAUUUGAAUAAA